AGAUGGCAAAGAAGCUAACAAGCUCUACGAAAGAAUUAGUGAUUGCUCUCAGUAUCUUACUUGCAAUUACAUGGACAUCACAUGGUGACAAAAUGCCAGACUUUGAUUUGGUUGUAGCACAAGACCGAUCGGGGAUACAUGCUGACGGCUUUGUUGCAAAAUUCAUAAGUUUUGAAAACACAGCUGGAGCAGAGAAUAUGCAGGCAGUAGCAUUAGCAAGUGAAUCCAGCUACUCAGCCUAUUACAGAUGUAGGUUCAUUGGAUUUCAAGACACGCUUUAUGCCAAAAGAGAAAUCCAAUUUUUCAGAGAGUGUGAAAUCUACGGAACAGUAGAUUUCAUAUUUGGGGAUGCAAGAGUUGUAUUUCAGAACUGUAAAAUCCUUGCCCGCAAGCCUCUUCCUGGGCAGUCAAACACAAUAACAGCCCAAGGAAGAGAAAGCACUGAAAGCAUUGGUGGGUUUGUAAUUCACAACUGCACGUUAACUGCAGCGCCUGACCUCCUUACUUCAAACUAUCCAGUCAAAACAUACCUGGGUCGGCCAUGGAAAGACUACUCAAGGACAGUAAUCAUGGAAAGCUUCCUUGAUGUUCUUAUUGAUGCACAAGGCUGGUUGGAAUGGGAAGGCAAGCCAACACGAUCAAACACCUUAUAUUAUGUGGAGUACAAUAAUCAAGGGCCUAGUGCAGACACAUAUAAUAGAGUAAAUUGGACAGGUUACAGGGUUAUUUCUAGCCCUAUGGAGGCUAUUGCGUUUACGGUGCGAACAUUUAUCAGUGGAGAUACAUGGAUUCCAUCCACAGAAGUUCCAUAUUAACCUGAUUUGAUCGAAAGCCCACUAUUUAUUAUCAGUCUUGCAAACCAGCGUCUCGCAAAGAAUAAUCUAGUGAUUAUGUUAAUUUUCAGCUUUUUCAUAAUGUU